AUGUCGCCUACUGAGAUUCAACUGGCAGCCCCUUCCGCUCCAAUUAUACCAAAAUGUGUCGCAAAUCAAGACGUUCUUCCAAAGAAAAGUCCCAAAGUUAACAACUUGGAAUUUCGUCCUCUCGUUCCUUGGUCCACUGGUCUAUUCGACUGCUGCCAAGAUGUACACAGUUGUUGCUUAACAUGCUGGUGCCCGUGUAUCACAUUUGGCCGUGUAGCAGAGAUUGUUGACAGAGGAUCAACUUCAUCUGGGGUGAGUGGUGCACUCUACUUAUUACUUCUGUGUGUGACGGGGUGCUCGUGUUUGUACUCAUGCUUCUAUCGUUCCAAAUUAAGAGGACAAUAUUUUUUGGACGAAAUCCCUUGCACCGAUUUCUGCAGCCAUUGUUGUUGUGAGACAUGUGCGUUGUGUCAAGAGUACAGAGAGCUUAAAAAUCAAGGCUUCGACAUGGCCGCAGGUUGGUAUGGAAACAUGGAAAUGUGUAAAAGAAGAGGUGGGUUGCCUCCCUCAGUUCAAACUGGAAUGAAGCGAUAGGUUAAUAGCCCCUAUGGUAUACUGCCAAUAGCAUUGCUAAUAUAUAAGGCAUAUGUCUAGGAAUCUGUAGCUCAGGUUUGUUUCCCUUGCAACAAGAAAUGAAGUUGGAUUCAAUUGUAUAA